AAUAGAAUUUUUUUUAUUUUUUGUUUUUUUUUAUUGCAAACCACUAGCCUAAUAAUUAUUAACAAUGAGACCCAUCUUGCUUCAAGGACAUACCAGAUCUUUAACUCAAAUUAAAUAUAACAGAGAAGGCGAUUUGCUUUUCUCUGUUUCUAAGGAUAAAGUAGCUAAUGUAUGGUAUUCUCAUAAUGGUGAACGUCUUGGUACAUAUACUGGUCAUCUUGGUGCAAUCUGGACUAUUGAUGUCAAUGGUGAUUCAACUUUACUUGUUACAGGUUCUGCUGAUAAUACUUGCAAACUUUGGGAAGUUCAAACUGGUCGUUGUUUAAAAACUUGGGAAUUCGAGACUGCUGUUAAGCGUGUCGAAUUUAGCCAAGAUAAUUCUAUGAUUCUAUGCGUUACAGAAGAGCGUAUGGGCUUCUCUGGUACAGUUACUGUUUACCCUAUUAAUAGCGAUAUUAACGGUACCCAAUCUGAUACACCUAUUGUUACUAUUAUUAAUGACGGCAAAAAGGCAGUUGUUGCUGGUUGGUCUUGCUUGGAUAAGUAUAUUAUUACUGGUCAUGAAGAUGGUACUGUUUGCCAAUGGGAUUGGAAGUCAAAUAAAAAGAUUAACUCUAUUCGUGCUCAUGAAGAUGUUAUACAUGAUAUGCAAUUCAGCCCCGAUCGUACAUACUUUAUUACUGCCUCUAAAGAUAAGAGCGCAAGAAUUAUUGAUUCCCUUACUUUAGACAUUAAGAAAACUUAUACUGCUGAUACACCUCUCAACUCAGCUUCUAUUACUCCUAAGCAUCAAGAAUUUGUUAUCUUGGGUGGUGGUCAAGAAGCUAUGAGUGUCACAACUACUUCUGCUAGACAAGGUAAAUUUGAAAGUAGAUUCUAUCACAAGAUCCUUGAAGAAGAAGUUGGACGCGUUAGAGGACAUUUCGGUCCUAUUAAUACACUUGCUGUUCAUCCUGAUGGCACUAGUUAUUCAAGUGGUGGUGAAGAUGGUUAUGUUCGUGUUCAUCAUUUUGAUCCUGAAUAUUUCACCUUUAAACUCGAAAUUUAAACUUGUCAUAUAAUAUAUAUACAAAUAGGUAGAAAAUAAAAUAUCAAAAAGGAAAAAAAAAGUAAUUUAUUGCAAUGUAAUUUUUUAUUUCUAUUAUGGAUUUGUUGAUUCUAUUGUU